GCGCACUAUUUCGGAGACUCGCUUAUAAGGGUCCUUGAACUCCAGGAUCCGUUGGUGUUGGAACUCGUCUCUCCUGAAACCCCUGAACCGUAUUCUGGUGUUCCAAGAAUCCGAUCUCCUCAUUUUUUUAAACACAAGAGAGCAGAGGGAUACUAGUAUACCGGAUAUGUCUGAGGAGAAGGCAAUUUGGGACCGCAACGUCAAAUUCUACGGGUUCACACCUGUACCAAGGGAUCCAGAUGUUCUCUUCAAGGAUCAUCCUACUGCUUCAGGACUCAAUCCGAAACAACUGCCAUUCACCGUUGAAAAUCUUCCGUUACCGAAGUCCUCUGUUGUGGAAGCGGUGAGGGAGCUUGUAAAGAAAGAGCUGAUUGAACAGACGUACAACCAUAGUCACCGCGUGUACUUCUAUGGUACAGCCCUUGCAAAGACGCACUUCCCGGAAUGGGAGUACGACGACGAGACGUACUAUCUCUCAUGUCUCCUGCACGAUAUCGGCACCGCCGACCGGUUCCUCGCAACGACGAAGAUGUCAUUCGAGUUCAAAGGUGCCAUCGUCGCGCGGGAUUUGAUCCUUGCUCAAGGUGGGCCUGAAGAUCAAGCUGACGGUGUUUGCGAGGCUCUUGUCCGUCAUCAAGAUAUCUUCGUCAAGGGCGGAAACAUCACUGUGAUUGGACAGGUUUUGCAGCUCGCGACUAUCCUAGACAACGUCGGACUCCGUGCCAACUUGAUCUCGCCCGGUCUCAUCGAGUCCGUUACGACCGCCUAUCCGCGAAAGGGCUGGUCAGAAUGUUUCGCUCGCACGAUCGAGAAGGAGUUGACGGUGAAGCCCUGGUGCCACACGUCGACCUUUGAAAUUCCGAACUGGAAAGCGGGGGUGCAGAGUAACUUUGCGAGUGAUGUACGGGGGAAUGAGGUAAUGAGAAAGUAUGAUUGACUGGAAAGGUUCCAGACCCUGCGUAUUCUUGCAGCUUCGUCACUUUCCCAAAGAACUAACUGUUCAUGCAUGAUUAUUGACAAGUUCGUGAAGAUAUCUGAGUUCCGAGGUAAUCCUAGUUCGAAUUGUUAGUACCACGAUGAUGAUAGCGCCUUGAGCAGGAUUCGAAAAGUAGUAGAGAGCUUGAGUGGGUAUGAGAGAGCAGGAGGACGCCAAGCUGCAAUUGAACCCUAA